AUGUCAUCCAAAGGCCUGAAGAAAACUCCACUGCAGGAGCAAAUCGAGCAGGCUCGCUCUGAACUCCAGCUAAAAGAGGCCCAAAGAGCUGCGUUCAACAAAGAGGUUGAAGCCAGGGCGAACACUAGAAAAGCCUACGUCAUACAGCUGAAGCAGGAGAUCCAGCUGCUGAGGAAACAAAUUGCUGAAGAAGGUAAUCGAGAUGCAAAUGUGAUCAAAGAGGCUCUACAUGACAAACCCGAGUUAUUGCAUUUCUGCUCCAACAUGUCAGUGGAGAAGGCCUUAGCAUUUUUACGCCGAAAGAAACUGUUGUUGAAAAAAGAGCUCAAUGUCCUCGAUAAUGGCAUUCAGGUCAACCAACGGCGCCAGGAGGAGCUGAAAAUGGAGUUAAAAAGAGCACAGUCUACUGCUGAUGCUCAGACCCACGAACAACAGGAAUUCUUCAAGAACCUUUCGGAGCUGAAGGAGAAUGUGGAGAGGAUUGAGUCAGAGACCAAGGAGCUGCAGAGCUGCAUAGCUGAUCUGCAGAAAGUCAAAAGUCAGCUGCAGAAAGAGGCUCUCACUUUUCCAGCCCAGAUGGAGAAAGCAGAAGCAGAAAAGCUGAGGGACAAAAGAGAACUUGAGGACCUGCACUCCAGUCUCACCAUCGCCCAGCAGUUAAACGAGGCUACAGAGGCCGAGUCAGAGCAGAUGGAGAAAUAUUACAAUGAGAAGCUCAUGGAGGCAGAGAGCAUUAAAGCUAACAAAAGGAAGCAGAUAAAGGAGCUCCAGGCCCAAGUUGAAGAGCUCAGUAAAGAGAUUCGGAGAAAAAACAAGCAGAGAGAGGAGCAGAGAAGAGAUGCUGAGUGUAGCAUCAUGAUGGCAGAUGAGGGAGAAAAAGUCAGAGUCGUUUAUAAUGAAGAUUUUCAGAGAAUCAAGACGGCCACUGGUAUUACCAAUAUACAGGAUUUAAAACAGCACUUUCUCUCGAUGGAGGAAACCCAGCAGCAUCUGGUGAAUCAGAAGGAGGAGAAUGAGAAGAUGCUGCAGCAACUGAACGGGGAGAAGGAGCUCCUGAUCCAACAGUUUGAGGAUGUGAAAGAAAAAGCACAAGCGAAACAGUCCAGAAACAACCAAGAGCUGGAGCUACAUAAGCAGCAGAUCCAGGAUGCACAGCGUAGGUGUGACGCUGCUAAAGAGCAACUGAAUAAGCUUGACAAAGCCAAAGUCACCAUCCGAGUUUGUUUGGAGAAUCUUGCUGAAAAACUUGAAAACAUCAAACUACCCGAGGACAGAGCAGUUGUGGGGUCUCCUCCUGACUCAAACAAAUAUUUACUGGAGCUGCUUACUGAGUACGAGCUCAAGAUGGACUUACUGUGGGAGAAGCUUCAGGGACAAGAUCUGGCUGCUACCAAGACAGAGAUGGAAGAGGUGGGCUUCUUACAGACCAGGGGACAACUGCAAGCUUCUAAGACCUUUGUAGAGCUGCCAGACGACCUCUCUGAGGAGGAAGAUGAGAGUAGAAAGGAUGACGAUGACGUCCUCUCACGGGAGGAGCUGAAGCGCCAGUCUGAGAAGCUGAUCAACAACUCCAGGUCCAAAAAGAAACGUGGGAAGAAAAAAGGAAGGCGGUAA